AUGAUUGAGCCAACUUUGCCGAUUGAACUAAACCCUUCUGUGUUUCGACCUUUUGCUUAUCGUGUUUUAUCUAAAAAAUACGGACUGAACGUUCAAUCUACAGCUCUCGAGAAAUUGGCUUCUUAUGUUGGCCGAAGGUUUGGAACAAAAUGGAAAAAAGAUCCUAAAACAUCUGCAUUUCUUGAUGCAGUUGCCAAACUAUGGAAAGAGCAAGGCCGUGGAAUAUUUAUUGAUGGAAAUGGUGUAACCCAAGUUAUCAAGGAAAUCAUAGCAAACGAACAAAGAAUGAAAACCAAAAAGUCAAAAGCUUUACAAGAAGAGGCGGAGCCAGCAAAUUCAUCCUUCACUGAUGCCACUACCUAUGAUAAUGACAGCGAGGAUAUAGAUUGGAAGAUGUUCUUCAAAGUGAUAGAUGCAAACCAUUACACCAAAUUUGCAUACGACAUGAGACGGAAGAUUUUUGAUUAUUUUCCAGAAAACUCAUCGAAGUUGAUUCAACUGCCAGGAAAAGACGAUGCUCUCAACUUCCAUACAACGAGGCUAGACCUAUUACGAGAUAGAAUUUACCGUAAUGAUAUUUUUGCAAAAGUUAAGUAUGAUUCAUCUGAGCAGUCAAAAGUUUUUAACCAGACACAAAGGCCGAAACAUAUGACAUCGGUGAAAAAUUUAUUGGGUAGAAACGAACAAAGAUUUGUAUUAUUUGGAUUAGUGACAUUGAAUUCUUUUGGUGUAUGGCAAUUACAGGAUGACACUGACAAGAUUGAGCUAGUUCUCAAACAAUGCAUCUUUCCAACAGAAACAUAUUUUGUCUCUGGUAACUUUUUGAUUGUUGACGGAUUCUAUUCUUCUGCUGGUAAGUUUCAUGUUUUAUCGAUUUCACAUCCACCAGCAGAAGAUAGGCCUACUACAAUCGAUGCCCUGGCAUAUCUAGAUUUUAAUUGGGAUUAUUCAAAAAAUGGGAAAAUAGAUUUGACCAUGAAGGCGUUAACGUUAAAACAAAUCAAACAACAUAAUGACCACAAGAUCGUUGUAUUAGGUGGUAAUCUUUAUCUUGAUGAUCUGGAAACUAUUUCCAAAGUGAGGAAGACGUUGCAGGAACUUGAGACAGAACUUGCUAUAAACCUUAAAGCUGAAAGAUCGAAUGAUGUUUUACAAGAAGCAACUGUGAAGGUACACGAUAGAACAAUCGCAAUAAUAUUCAACGGACCAUUUAUCUCGAGAGCUUUAACUGUUACUGAAGGUUCCUCGUUAAAUCAUAUGACCUCAUCAGGGUUAUACAAGGCAAGCUUCGACAAUCUUGCAACCGUAUUGGAACAGUUUAAAAACAUCUGCGAACAUUGCAAAUUAGUGUUUGUGCCAGGAGACGAAGAUCCAUGGAUGUCAAUGGUGACCAAAAAUUCCAACUCAAUUUGGCCAAAAAUGAAGAUUCCCUCAGUUUUUGGAACCCGGCUUUCACGAGUUGCAAAGGACGUAGUUUGGGCUUCUAAUCCGUGUCGUAUGAAUUAUCUUUCUCAAGAUAUUGCGAUUGUGAGAGACGAUAUUGGUGAGUCCCUUAAAAGAAAUGAUUUCUCAUACCUGUGCGAAUUAAGCCAAGAAGAAAUUGAAAAAGCUGUGAAACGCAAUGAUGAAAACAGAUACAGUGAAACUCCUUUUGUAAACAGCCAAAACUUGGAGAUCGACAGGCUCACACUGAAAGAAAAUUCUGACACGACCAUAUUUAAAAAAAUCACUAGAACUUUACUAGAUCAAGGAAUACUAUCUCCAUUUGUUAACAAAACGAGACAGAUUCUACCUAACUACUGGCCAAUUCUCAGUGUUAUGCCUUUACCAGAUUGUAUUAUUAUGUCUGACUCAACAUCUCCGACUCUUUCUACUAUGUACAAAGGCUGCCUAGUGUCAAAUGUGGGGAAAUUUUACGAUAACGGACGAGCAAACUAUCUGGAAUAUUAUCCGAGUUCACAAACUGCUAAAAUGAGAGUGGUGUAUUAA